GCAGAUUCGGCAGGACUUGAAGCAAACAAGCGACGAGCAACGAGCAACGGUGGUUGGUGAUGGUGAUGUGUUUGUGUGUGUUGGACGCUCGGCCAUCGGUCGAGCAGCCAGUCGCCUUCUCCGCGUUUUAUGGCAUGGACAAGACGCUGGCGCGACAAGAGUACAGGAAUCCAAAGGACCAGCAAGAGGCGUUCUUGCAACACACAAUCAAGCGGGUACGGGAUGAUGCAGCGUUUCAGAGAACAGUUGAACGAGGUGCACCUCCUGCCCCCAACGCAGACCCAGAUGAGGUGGCUGUGUCGGCCCAACCGCUUGAGGGCGGCUUCAGAAUGGAGCCUGGACGCGCCGUGGAUCGCCCAAAGUUUGUCCUGUGGUAUCAACACGGAAGCUUAAUAGUGUUCACUGUGGCGGAAUUGUCAGAAAACAUCGUCCUCUUGCAGCAAACGCUGUCUCGAUUUGUGCAGCACCUCACCACUCUCUCGCGUGCGGCUAAAACACAGACCAUCAAGCUGCGCGACAAGACAGCGCAAAUGGACGCGUACUUGAAGGUCUUCCUUCCCCAAGGACAGGCGAUCCUCUUCAACUCCAAGACGCAGCAGCUGCUGCACAAGCAGGUGGAUGCCUUACUCAAGGCGUCCGCGCGAUAAUCGACUCUUGUGUAUGUGUGUGUGUGUGUGUGUGUGUGUGUGUACAUGUGUGUGUGUGUUGUGGCUGCUUGAUGCACAGACAGGGGAGCAGUUUAUAUGGGGAAUCGAAAGACAAGAUUGACACGACACGACCG